UCCGUUUUAAUUCUUCAUCACAGCAUAUAGCGUGUUCCUUAUUUUCCACAUCUGAAAAAAGGCGUGAAUUCCCCGAGUCUAAAUGGCAGUUGCCGGGGGAAAACAGAAACUGAGUCAGAGGAAAUUAUAACCAACACCAAACGCAGGACGCAGUGGUGUUCCAUUCAGAUCUGAGGAUCCAAAGCACUGAAUUCCGAGCAUUUUCUCUUUGGUUGAUGGAAAAUGGAAUUUAUAGACAACUUGCCGCCUAUGGAUCUGAUGCGCUCCGAGAAGAUGACUUUCGUUCAGCUCAUCAUCCCUGUCGAAUCCGCUCACCGAGCCGUCUCAUAUCUAGGCGAACUUGGUCUUCUCCAAUUCCGUGAUUUAAAUGCUGAUAAAAGCCCUUUUCAGCGGACAUUUGUUAAUCAGGUAAAACGAUGUGGAGAGAUGGCAAGAAAGCUACGAUUUUUCAAAGAUCAAGUCAGUAAAGCUGGUUUAAUCUCUUCUGCUCGUCCUGAUCUGCAACCAGACAUUGAGUUGGAGGAACUGGAGAUACAACUUUCUGAGCAUGAACAUGAGCUACUGGAAAUGAACUCUAAUAGUGAGAAACUACGGCAAACAUAUAAUGAGCUCCUGGAGUUCAAGAUGGUAUUGCAAAAGGCAAGUGGCUUCCUUGUUUCAAGCAAGAGUCAUGCAGUUGUAGAGGAGAGAGAAUUAGAUGAAACUGCAUACUCAAAGGAUCGCUAUGUAGAGACAGCAUCUUUACUUGAACAGGAGAUGGGGCCUGGACCAUCGAACCAAUCUGGUUUGAGAUUUAUUAGUGGGAUUAUUUGCAAGUCCAAAGCUCUUAGAUUUGAGAGGAUGUUAUUUCGUGCUACUAGGGGCAAUAUGCUUUUCAAUCAGGCAACAGCUGAUGAACAUAUAAUGGAUCCUGUAUCAACUGAAAUGAUUGAGAAAACAGUUUUCGUGGUGUUCUUCUCAGGGGAGCAGGCAAAAACAAAGAUACUGAAAAUUUGUGAAGCAUUUGGUGCAAAUUGCUAUCCUGUGCCUGAAGAUAUGACCAAACAAAGGCAAAUAACUCGAGAAGUUUUAGCACGCCUCUCUGAAUUGGAAGCCACUUUGGAUGCUGGUAUCCGUCACCGAAACAAAGCACUUUCUUCAAUCGGAUUCCACCUAAUGAAAUGGAUGAACAUGGUAAGAAGGGAGAAAGCAGUAUAUGAUACACUGAACAUGCUAAAUUUUGAUGUUACAAAAAAGUGUCUUGUUGGAGAGGGCUGGUGCCCAAUAUUUGCAAAAGCUCAGAUUCAGGAGGCACUGCAACGUGCAACGUUUGAUAGCAAUUCACAAGUGGGCAUAAUAUUUCAUGUGAUGGAUGCUGUGGAAUCACCUCCAACAUAUUUUAGAACCAACCGCUUCACAAAUGCAUUUCAGGAAAUUGUUGAUGCAUAUGGUGUUGCUAGAUAUCAAGAAGCAAAUCCUGCAGUUUACACUGUUAUUACGUUUCCGUUUCUCUUUGCCGUGAUGUUUGGGGAUUGGGGUCAUGGAAUAUGCUUGUUGUUGGGAGCAUUAGUUCUUAUAGCUCGUGAAAGUAAGCUUAGUUCUCAGAAACUUGGAAGCUUUAUGGAAAUGCUGUUCGGUGGGCGCUAUGUACUGCUUUUGAUGUCCAUAUUUUCAAUUUACUGUGGAUUGAUUUACAAUGAAUUCUUCUCUGUACCCUAUCACAUAUUUGGUGGAUCUGCUUAUAAAUGUCGAGAUGCUACCUGCAGUAAUUCGAACACGGUUGGUUUAAUCAAAUACCAAGAUACAUACCCAUUUGGCGUAGAUCCCAGUUGGCGUGGAAGUCGUUCAGAGUUGCCUUUUUUGAACUCCCUCAAAAUGAAGAUGUCUAUUUUGUUGGGUGUGACACAGAUGAACCUAGGAAUUGUGUUAAGUUACUUUAAUGCACGUUUCUUUGGAAGCUCAUUGGAUAUAAGGUAUCAGUUUGUGCCACAAGUGAUAUUUCUCAACAGCCUUUUUGGGUAUCUAUCGCUUCUCAUUAUCAUAAAAUGGUGCACUGGUUCUCAAGCUGAUCUCUAUCAUGUGAUGAUCUACAUGUUCUUGAGCCCCACUGACAAUCUUGGUGAGAAUCAGUUGUUUUGGGGCCAGAGACCACUCCAAAUCAUACUGUUGCUUUUGGCUCUUAUUGCAGUUCCAUGGAUGCUCUUUCCAAAACCUUUUAUUUUGAAGAAGCUUCAUUCGGAGAGGUUUCAAGGUCGUGCCUAUGGGAUACUUGGCACAUCUGAGAUGGAUCUUGAAGUGGAACCUGAUUCUUCACGACAACAUCAUGAGGAGUUUAAUUUUAGUGAGAUUUUUGUGCAUCAAAUGAUACAUUCCAUUGAAUUUGUCCUGGGUGCAGUUUCAAAUACGGCAUCUUACCUCCGACUUUGGGCUUUGAGCUUGGCCCACUCUGAAUUGUCAACUGUUUUCUAUGAGAAAGUCCUCCUCCUUGCAUGGGGGUAUAAUAACUUUGUCAUCCGGAUGGUGGGGCUAGCAGUUUUUGCCUUUGCUACUGCUUUCAUACUACUCAUGAUGGAGACACUUAGUGCUUUCCUCCAUGCCUUGCGUCUCCAUUGGGUGGAAUUCCAAAAUAAGUUUUACCAUGGUGAUGGCUACAAAUUCAGACCUUUCUCCUUUGCUUCAUUAAUAGAUGACGAAGACUAGUCCUGCCAUAUUUUUCUUUUUUUUUGGUUUUGUGAAAGAGUACAAAAGAAAUCAGAAACUUAUCCAACAUUAGAAGAAGCCUAAAAUGGACUUCCAUGGAACCUCAUUUUUGAUAGCAGAGGGCAUUGAUGCUUCUUCUUCGCUUUGACACUUCGCAGCUCGAUUUAACUAACGAAUGUAAAAUCCUAGCUCAGAUUCUUUGGAUGUGUCGGUAUAAAAGGAUUUUACUUACAAGUGAUGGUAAGUGGUCCAUUAAGAGAUCCUGUAUUUUCUCUUUUCCUUUUUCAUUUAAAAUUUUACUCGUUGUAAAGAGACAUGAGAGAAAUCUAAAUACGAGGACAUGGGAAAUCUUGAUACCAUAGCUUUUCCUCAUUCAGCUGUUCAGAGGAGCAGGUUAUAGGAUUGAUUUCACAUACAUACAAACUAGUUUGGAUUUUGCAGACCCUUAUCUUUUUGUAAUAAUUGGUGGCAUUAGUACACAGUUCCAUUCUUGUAAUGGUUUCAUUAUUCAGAGAAUUCCAAGUUGAAUGAC